AUGAAGCGAAAUGGCACCGACCCUGUCAUAGUUGACUUUGUCUCUGUGGACAUGAAAAGCAAGACGCAUCCUCAAAAGGUGAGGCGAAUAUUUAUGGGGCCUGUUUACUACCAAAGACUACGUCACAUGGUCUCAGACAAAUUCCAGGUUAGAUCCAUAGGACUAGUGGAUCAGCUAACUCGUCAGCCAAUCAAGGGAAGGAAACGAGGUGGAGGGAUUCGAUUUGGUGAAAUGGAAAGAGACGCAAUGCUUGCUCAUGGAGCUUCGUAUCUAUUACACGACAGGCUCCACACCUCAUCAGAUCACCACAUUGCAGAUGUGUGUUCGCUAUGUGGAAGCUUGCUCACAUCUUCGGUUGUGAACGUUCAACAGAAGAAGCUGAUUCAAGAUAUUGGAAAGUUACCUCCUGGCAGGACUCCAAAGAAGGUAACUUGCGAUUCGUGCAAGACAAGCAAAGGGAUGGAAACUGUUGCAAUGCCAUAUGUGUUCAGGUACUUAGCUGCAGAAUUGGCGGCAAUGAAUAUUAAGAUGACUCUUCAGUUAAGCGGCAGAGAAGGAAGCAAUAGAGAAGGAAGCAAUAGAGAAGGAGUCUAAAUUCGCUUUCAUUUGAUGUUGUAUGUACAUCAAAGUUUU